AUGGCAAUUCCAUUCUCCUUUGGACGUAUUGUUGACAUAAUAUACAAGUCUGAUUCUACAGAAGUACAAUCUAAAUUGGUUACAAUAUGUUCUAUACAACUUCCUAUACUUAUAAUUGGUGCUGCGUGCAAUUUUGGACGAAUUUAUUUGAUCAACACUUCUGGUAUGUGACUAAUAUGAAUAAAGUAACAAGUAAUUACUAAUAUCUAUAGUGAAACAAUUUACUAUUUAAGUAUAAUACUUAAAUAAUUAGAAUAAUAAUUUAAUAUAAAUCUUAUAUUAACUAAUGGAGUUAAUUAUAAUAUUNAGUUGUCACAAAAUAAAUGAGAUAGUUACUUUUGGAUGUUAAUUAAUAAUUUUUUACAGAGUCUAUACAUUAGUUAUAUCUUUGACUAUCUACUGGCCACUAUUAAAUCUAAUAUUUAUAUAAACUAAUCUUUGCUAAUUUAAAUAAUCGACUCUUAUUUGUUUUAGUUCAUAAAUAGUUUUCUACUCAUUUUAUGUAGGUAGCUACUUUUAUUUUAAUUUUUAUUUUAUUAACGUCAAACGGCAAUUUACAGUGAUUAAAUAAAAGUACUAAAUAAAUUAAAAUGAAACGAUAACAGUACAAAUAAAUUUAAUAGACUUAAAACUAAGACUAUUUCUUGCAAAUAGCGAAAGAAAAAUAAAGUACUAUAUAAACAAACAAUAUUAAAGCAAAUAUAUUCAGAAUAAACUUGAUGGCUUUAUUGACACAAUGAAACAUGCGGUGUAAAGGAUGGUUGUGACUGUAGGUGGUGGAGUGAGUAGAGAUAUAAAAUGAUGCAUGAUGUAUUGAGGGGUAGGCAGGAACACGGAAAUUAAUAGAGGAAAAGUGAUCUGGGGCAUUAAUUGAACCAUCAAGUUGACCUUGAAAAAAAUGGAAAUCAGCAUCAAUUUGUGAGGAAAAAAGGGUGAAAAUGUCUAGCUUUGAAAGUACGAAUGAGUAGCCAUGUUAUUAAUGCAUAAUUUUGUGUAGGAAAAAAAUGUAUGAAAGAAAAUUUUAAAAUAUGAUAGUAUCUAUUUAAAAAGAAUUUAAAAAAUAAGCAUUUAUAUAUUUUUGUAUAUUUUUAGUAUUAGUAUUAUUAAUUUUGUUCUAUUAUUAGGUUACGAAAUUACAAAAAGACUCAGAGAAUUAUUAUUUAAAUCUCUUGUAUCUCAAGAAACUGCAUAUUUUGAUCGUUAUAAAGCUGGAGAACUUAUUAAUCGACUCUCAGAUGAUUGUUUACUUGUAAGCCAAACUGUCACUUCAAAUAUUUCUGAUGGACUACGUUCUACCAUAAUGAUUGUCAGUGGCGUUUCUUUUAUGGGAUCGUUAAUUGUUUUCUUAGUAUUUUUACAAAUUUUUUUUAAUGGUUUUAUUAUUAUCUAUGUAUUUAGUUUUUUGUAUCUCCAAAAUUAGCUUUGGUUGGCUUAUCUAUAGUUCCUCCGAUUGCUGCUUUAGCUGUGGUAUAUGGACAUUUUGUUCGAAAGAUUACUCGAUCUGUACAGGUCCCUAUGUACAAUUAA